AUGAUUUUCUCCAUAAUACACGGUACCUAUUUAUUUCAAACUCAAUAUGAAGCGAUUAUAAAAUAUGUUGAACAAGCAAAAGAAAGACAUGAGAUUUCACAAUUUUUUUUAUUAAGUCUUCAUUUUGGAGAUAUAAAUGCAAUUAGGAUAUUUUUAGUUGAAGAAAAUAAAGAAGCUGAAGAUAUUUCACAUUCACGAACUGUUUGUACCAUGAAUGCAACAUGUUCAAUGUUUCAUUUAUUGCAUAAAUGUAAAAAUACAGUAGACAUUAUGUUUGAACGUACUUCAGAAAUUCUUAAAGAUCAUGAAAUCAAUUCUAAUUCAUUUCAAAUUCAGUUUUUUGUCUACCGAAAUUAUAAUAGUCUAGAAGAUAAAACUCUUCAAAGUUCUUCUUGGGAAACAAAGCCACAUAAUUUACGUAUAGGUGAUGCAUCUUCAAAUACGAAGGACAAGGUUAAUACGAAGAGAAAUCAUUUAGAACAAAACCACUGA